UCCACCCUUUUCGAGAAUGAUAUUUGGAAACACAUUGGGAUAUCGUUUUCAAACAGAACUUAAACUGUCGCUUCUUGGAAAUAUUUAUGAAUGCAGUUUUGGGGUGUUAUAGGGAGAGAAAAAUCGAAGUACCCCUCGCUGGAUCUUCAAGGGCUGUACUUUUUUGCAGUGCUGUCAGAUGACCAGGGAUGUUUUGACACGGAUUCCAGAACCAACUUAACUUGGCGUUAUGUUGUCAGGUAGUUUAAUUAGAGAGUCCGCUGCAGGGUCUGUCAUUUAGUGUAAAUUGCCAACAGCAACAUUUCCGUCCGUCACCCGGUGGUCUGCUUUAAAUCUGUCAUCAUGUCAUGCGCUACAAUAAUUCUGGCAUUAACUGCUAUCAGUAUCGCGAUGUGCCGCGGCUUUCCAAACUACAGGUAUGAGGAUAUCGACGAGGAUCUCGCCUCCUUUGACUACUACCGAGCUAUGGUGGAAAUGGAUGGCAGGAAUUCGACGGACUGCGAGGAGUGUGUGCCAGAUCUUUGCCCGGUGACAGCCGGCUGUCGAGCCGGUGUCGUUAUGGAUAGCUGCAACUGUUGCAAGGAAUGCGGGAACCUGGAGGGACAAACGUGCGACAUGGAUGACAGAAAUGUGUACUACGGCCUGUGUGGUUCUGACCUGGAGUGCAGAGUGGACUCGGCGGACACGGGGGAUGGAGAGACAGCGGAACCGCAGUGUGUAUGUGUGUCACAUGAGCCUUUGUGCGGGUCGGACGGAAAGACCUACAUGAAUAUUUGCAAAUACAAAGAAGCAAAGUUUUCUAACCCGAUGCUCAACUUUACAGAGGGACCUUGCAAAACAGCCCCCAUCAUCAAGGUGCCCCCACACAACCAUGUGAACAUUACUGGCAGCAGCAUGGCUCUGCUGUGUGAGGUCUUUGCCUUCCCCAUGGCCCUGGUGGAGUGGAGGAAGGACGGCCGAGACAUCAUCCUGCCCGGGGACGACCCACACAUCUCCGUCCAGUCGCGUGGGGGCCCCCAGAAGUACGAGCUGUCCAGCUGGCUCCAGAUCGAGGAGGCCACUCAGACGGACUCGGGCACCUACCGCUGUGUGGCCCGCAACGAGGUCGGCAAUGUCACCGCCUCCGCCAUCUUGGGAGUGCUGCCCCCAGAUGAAAUGUCAGCUUAUGUGGACAACAUGAAGGAGAUGAUGGGCUUUGGGCUGUCAAAGGACUACGAUGAAGACUAUUACUGAGACAGACUGAGGAAGAUCUAUAUCGUUUCGAGAAUCAAUAACAAGCCAAAUGGAAUCGCCCAAAUGAAGGACAUCAGCCUCCUCCUCAGUUCAAGUACGCAAUCGGCACGUUGAUCGGUUCAUCACUUCAGUGCUUUAAAUCUUGGUUAUUCUACUGCAGGAUCAUCUGACCAAAACAUAAAGACAACUGAGAAAAACAAACAAACAAUCUGCAAACAAAUAGCCCAUCUGGAAUCCGUUUUGUCGUUUUUGUUUUCAUUUUCAUGCUACUUGUGCAACAAUGUAAAAUGGCCGCCGGCUGUGGGGAAAAGACAGAGAAACAUUCUUAGACUAUACCGCACCAGUCUGAUGGACAGAAGGACAGAAACAGUGUUUGAUGAUGGCUUUGCUGGUGGCCGUCUUCACAGAAUCCCAACCCACCCCACAC